UAUUGUCGCAUACAUAAUAUAUUAUGUCAACGCUUGGGCGAUAUAAUAUAUUAUGUCAACGCUUGGAACUAGGAUGGAGGUGACUAGGCAUGAACUUGCAACGAUAGAUUUAAUUGGCGCUUUGAUAACCAAUGAAUGCUUUGGAGACAUAUUUUGGCGGUAUUUUCCAUCAUGGAAUCGUCUAAAUCUAAGAGAACUGAGUUUGAUGCCAAUCAAGUUAAAAUAUUAAAUUCUGCAUGGAAUAGCGGAAUCGGACACGCAAAAAUAAAUAAAACAAUAAAUGUUACUGCCGAAGAAUCGGGCUUGUCGCCAACUCAAGUAAAGAAUUGGAUUAUAAAUAAAAAAAGGAAAGAGAGCGGUAGAGUGUAUAAAAAAAACCAUUACAUAAAAGACUCUACUCAAUACAAUAAUUUUUGUAGAGACCAGAGCAAAAAAGGAAUAAAGGAUUUCAAGCUUUGGAGUAGGAACUGGGCAGAACUGUCUAGUCAGGAAAAAUUAGAAUAUAGAUACUCUCCAGUUCCUCUCAAAGACCAAUCCCCAAAUUCAAAAAAAAACACAUCAACAGCUUUAUUGAAACAGUUACAGGGAAUUUUAAUUAAACUAAGCGAUUGUGAUGUUGACAUUGCUGCUGUUGGAGAAAGGGAAGGAAACAUCAUUUUUGCUGGCUCUAACAGCAGCAAAUUUCUGAAAUAUUUGGAAAAUAGAGAGGAUGAAUUUGUCAACUCGCUACUUUUAAAACCGGGAAAGGAUGCUGAAGAAUCAUGUACAAAACAGCUUAGAAAACAGGUACAAGAUCAUAUGAAUGCUCUAUAUGGAAAAGCUACAACAUCUUAUCAAAGAUUUCCAUAUGAGAGAGUCAAACGGGGAGAAAUAGUUGUAGAUGGUUUCCCACAGGAAGUAAAGCCGAUUCAAGUACCAUCUAGAUAUGGCAGGAAGAAAUUAAAUUUAAUUUUAUCUGUUCAAGAAAUAUCUGUGAAGGAAACUGAACCAUCACGAACAACAGCACCACCCCUAACAACAGCACCACACAUAACAACAGCACCAAACCUAACAACAGCACCAUACCUAACAACACAUCCAUUAACAACAGCACCACACAUAACAACACAUCCAUUAACAACAGCACCACACAUAACAACACAUCCAUUAACAACAGCACCACACAUAACAACACAUCCAUUAACAACAGCACCACACAUAACAACACAUCCAUUAACAACAGCACCACACAUAACAACACAUCCAUUAACAACAGCACCACACAUAACAACACAUCCAUUAACAACAGCACCACACAUAACAACACAUCCAUUAACAACAGCACCACACAUAACAAAACAUCCAUUAACAACAGCACCACACAUAACAACACAUCCAUUAACAACAGCACCACACAUAACAACACAUCCAUUAACAAUAGAACCACACAUAACAACACAUCCAUUAACAAUAGAACCACACAUAACAACACAUCCAUUAACAACAGCACCACACAUAACAACACAUCCAUUAACAACAGCACCACACAUAACAACACAUCCAUUAACAAUAGCACGACCCAUAACAACACAUCCAUUAACAAUAGCACCACACAUAACAACACAUCCAUUAACAACAGCACCACACAUAACCACACAGAUGCUUACUGCAGAUCAGAGUAAUAUAGAAUAUGAAGUAGAGUGUAUAGUUAAAAAAAGAAAAAAAAAUCGAAAGGUUCAGUACCUCCUACACUGGAAGGGUUAUCCAUCUUCUGCCGAUUCUUGGGAAGAUGAGGAACAUUUGAAUGAAACCUUAAAAAAAUCAUUGAAAAUUAAAAAAAACAAAACAAGUAAAUAAGUGACUAAAUAUGCAGAACAAUAUAUCAAUUUUAGACAUAUGAACAGUUUACACCAGAGUUAAUCCACUCAGCCUGUGUGAUCUACGACAUUAUACAUUAUAUUGUAUAAAUUAUUAUUUGUAUCCAUUUCAAAAGUUAACACAAGUAAGGUUUCA